CGGUGUUGAUCGUUUUGUUUGUAUGUUGUAUCAUACACCAACAAAAAUGGUGGUCGACACAGAGCUGGAAGAAGCGAAAGCGGCUGUUUUACAGCUUAUGAACGAGAAAGAUAAACUGGAAGCUGAAUUGCAAGCUGCGAAAAAUAUCUUGGAUAAUAAUCGCGUGGGUAUGACAGAUGUUUUGGUAGAUUCGCAAGGAUUUCCGAGAAAUGACAUUGAUGUUUAUCAAGUCAGACAUGCUCGUCACAAAAUCAUAUGUUUGCAAAAUGAUCAUAAAGCUUUGAUGCUUAAAAUUGAACAAGGCUUACAUAAAGUUCACAAAUUUGCGGGUGGUGGGUCGCAACCAGAAUUCCCUUCAACAUCAAGUAACCUACAAGAAGUGUUUUUGUUGGAGCCAUUUUUAAGAGUCAAUUUGGUAUCACCUGGUUCUCCUGCAGAAUUAGCUGGAAUCCAAGUUGAUGAUCUUAUACUGGAAUUCGGAUCAAUUUCCAAUAGUAAUUUCAAGACAUUAAAAGAUAUUGGAACCCUGGUAGAAAACAGCAGAUAUAAAAAUGUUGAAAUGAAAAUAAAGCGUGGAUCUAAUACUUUUGCAUUAACUCUAAUACCUCGACCUUGGAGUGGAAAGGGUCUUCUUGGCUGUAAUGUCGUGCCCUUGGAAGCUGUGGAGAGAUAGAGAAUAUAAAGAGUUUAUGUUGAGCAUAUAUCUGUAAGUCUUUGUAUAACAAGAAUAAAUUAUUAUUUUUAAAGAACAUAGA